UGAAGGGGAAGGGUGCGUCUGUCAUUCCGCUUCUUGCCCGGGAUCGGGAUGGAGGCCAUACUCAAUGACGUGGUGGCCGUGGAGGACCUGCUGAAAUUUGAGAAGAAGUACCUGGCCGAGGUGUCCUCGGGUUCGCUGAGUAAAAGCACCCAGUUCGAGUACGCCUGGUGUCUGAUCCGCAGCAAGUACUCCGCCGACAUCCAGAAAGGGGCGGGGCUUCUAGAAGAUCUUUUGCCAAAGGGAGGUAAAGACGAGCAGCGGGAUUAUCUCUUCUACCUGAGUGUAGCUCAUUACAGGUUAAAGGAAUACGAGAAAGCUCUGAAGUACGUCCGCACGCUUCUCCAGAAAGAACCCAAGAACACGCAGGCCCAGGACCUGGAGAAGGUCAUCGAGAAGAAGAUGCAGAAAGAUGGGCUCGUCGGCAUGGCCAUCGUCGGCGGCAUAGCGGUCGGAGUGGCGGGCCUCGCCGGCCUCAUCGGUCUGGCCGUCGCCAAGUCUAAAUAAAACGUAGCCAGCCAAGGCCUUGUUUUCUGUUAACCGUAGUAACCAACCUCUUGUAACCACACGAUUCAGUGACGACCACGUCAUCCACUUGUUGAGUCCAGAGAAGAUUGUAGAGGCGGAGUCAGAUCCUCAUCCAAAAAACAGCAAAAUCUCCAAACCCUUCCAUAAUUCUGCAGCGUUAACCUGCCGAUCACUGUGAUCCUCAGACGAUCCUCGUCACGCACCGCCACCGUCCUCUAUUCAUAACGUGCCGUAAAACAUUUUU